ACAGGGGGUCGCGGUUGUGAUGAUGAUGCUGCUGCUGGGCUGGUGAAGCUGUUUGGUAGCCAGCCUGCCAGCCAGCUAGCCAGUCACUUGAACAUCGUAUUUAUGGUCACAUUUGGGGGGUUGUGACCCACGUUAGCCCGCUGACGAGCACUAAAUGCCGCAUUAGUUGAUGUUUAAACGCGACGAGCUGCUGGACCCACAGAGAAGCAGCUAUGCUAACCAGCUCGCUAACGUCCCAGUAUUUUCACCUUUUCUGGCGUCAUGUUUGGUCUGAUAUGCAGUGUGGGUGAUUUAGUGUUCUCCGGCCUAACUUUGUCCUUCGAGGCAGAAAUAAACGACGCCUGGAGCCUCCACAGAAUGACUCACACACAGUGAGCCAGCUGAGUUAGCCUAAGCUAACUUAGCCGCUAGCUGCGGUGGUCGGUCCACGCCGCGCGCUGCUCUGAUGUCUGUCCGAUGGAGCUGAAGUGUUGCUCGGCUUGCCAAAGAUGACGGGCCGCCUGAGCCGGUUUCUGUGCCUCUGUCUGCAGGAGGCGGACCAUGGAGGCCGAGGAAGAGUGGAACAAAGACCCGAGUGCAUACAGACAGCUGGAUAAAAAGGUGCUCUGCAAGCACAAUGGAAGAAUCGGUAUAGUGAGAACUCUUCACAGCCUGUUGAAAACCCAAAACACACUGCAGAUUCAGUCCAUCAGCCGCUCAGAAUGUGCUGGCUCCUGUCCAAAUCUGAUGAUGAAUAGAAGCGAGCAUCACGAUGCGAGGCCCGUCCCCGUGGCCCUCACCCCCCAACUCCCUCCCAGAGCUCACCGGCCCCUCUGCAUGUCGAUCUCCUCCGACAGCAGCGGACGCUUCAAGGCUCUGGAGACGCAGGAGUGGAAGAACAACCUCAAAGCUCAGAUGGAGCAGGCCCACAGUGCAGGAGCAGCCAGCAGCACUGGUUCUCUGGAGCGAGCGUCUCUAUUCUGCGCCUCAGCAUCCACCACGGCCUACAGCUCUGGUCUGUCCAGCCCCGUGGAGAUCCUCAACAAGAGCAAAUCCUCCAGCCGCUUCUCUUUGUUCUCUCCGCCCUGGAACAGCAGCUCUGAGUCCGACUCCAACCCUCCCUCCCGCUCGGGCUCCAAGAAGCUGCGAAACUACAGCAGGAGAGCCGCCACGGGGCCGGCCGGCGCCAGAGGUCCCAGCACUCCAGAGCCCAAACCCAGUGGUCCUGAACACUUCCAGUACUCUGAGCCAGUCAUCUCCAAGGUGACAGACUACAUCUAUGUGGGGAACUUGAACGCAGCGUACAACGGGCGCACACUGUGCCGCAACAACAUAGACAGCAUCAUCGACAUGAGCAGCGUGCCGGGAGAUCCGGGCCCGAGCCUCAGCCUCAUACCGUGCACCUGCUCUCGUGGCGCCCGCCACAGCUGGUCCCGCCUCAAGGUGGACAUCGGAGACGUGCCUGAUGCGCUGGGUGAGGGGCCGGCACUGAAGCAGCGCUGCUUCGAGGACAUCAACGAGUGCAUCGACGCGUCCACCGGGAAGAGGAAACGCGUCCUGGUCCACUGUCGAGACGGCUUCUCUCUUGCGCCGACGUGCAUCAUCCAGUAUCUGAUGGUGAAACAGAACAUGAGGCUCAUCGCCGCCUACGAGCUGCUGAGGGCCAAGUACCCGGUCAACAUCAGGGAGUGCCACCAGAACGUCCUGGUGAGCCUGGAGAGGGCGCUGCGGCCCGGAGGUAACGUAGACCCCGAGUGCUUCAAACAGGCCAUCUCCCGCAAAGUGGCCUGGACCUGACUCAGUUUCCCACCAGGCUCGGCUGCUGCUGCUCACCGCUCGCUUUACUCCACCCCCCUCCCGUUGUGUUAGAUAUUCUCCUAAAGACAACAAGGGCAGCUGAACUCUCCCCUGUGGACUCGUCACCUGGAUAUUCUCGACCUCACCUGAGUUCAGUGGUUGUGAAAGUUCUGAAUUUGAUGUUUUUUCCUCUUCAAACCUGUAAAUGUGACCCGGCUGUGACGCCCUCCCUCCCUCGACAAAUAGGAGACGCAAUAGACUUCACUUUAAUGUAGACAGCAUCUUGGUAUAACGGUGUAGUGGUGUCUGCUGUACAGUUGAUAUAAUCCUGCUUCAGUUCUGUACCAUGGCGCUGUGGUGGUGUUUCUUCAUCAGGGGAAUUUAUUAACGGGAGAUCUCAGGAGAUUAUUGAUGUCAGUCCAAUAACGGGUGGGAAAUUUACUCAAUAGAUCAGUUUAGGACCGGUUCAUACCUGGAUCUAAAAUGCAUCUUUAUGAGCUGUGAGCACAUACUAUUGGUUUAAAUCUGUCACUGGGUCUGCGGUUGUACUGCAGGCUAACGUGUAAGGACAAAAUGCUCACAGAAAAUCGACUUAUCUUCCACUUUUUUCCCUGCCUUUUAGAGCUUUUAACCGACUAAAAACUUUCCAACAGAGGCCACGUUACAUCAGAAAAAACUUCCAAUCCUGCCAAUAAAAUUUUACAGAAACCGCAAUUAAGUAAAUAUGCAAGCACAGUCGACCUAUAAAUAUGGAGACUGGGUAUCACCCAGAAGGGGAAAACAAAGCAAACCCGAUUGUAGCAGCUUGCUUAAAACUAUCACCAAGCUCUGUGUCAUCUUAAGUUUUUCUGCAAAGCUCCCAGGAAGAAGACCUACCAAUCACAGACGAUGCUCUUUGCAUUACUUCACAUCACGCUACAUGGUAGAGGAGAGCGUCCGUCCUGCAGCUUCAGGGCACCUGUGGUGUAGAUUUGAGAAAAAACCUCGGCCCUUAAUGCAGCUAUAAGAAUAAAUCCACUAAAGAGGAUGUGAGAAUCAUUUGAAAAGUUUGUCUGGUGACGGCAAACCUUCAUCUGAGUUUGAAGUGUGUGACUCAGUAGAGCAUUUAGCUGCUAAAGAGUCACAGAAGCUGAACAUUUUUAACCAGUUAUGUGUGUUAAGAAUGGCCUCCAUGCAUUAUGCAACACUUGCAAAUGUCAGAUUAUCUUAAACUGGGAAACAUUUCUACACAGUACGAUCAGCGGACAAAAACUCUUUCAAUCUGUACCUAAAGAAAGUCAUCCAACUCGCUCACCUCUGUCUUUUCCAUUCUGCAGCAGAGCCUCAUUUCAGAUUUACAUGGAGCGUCACCUUUUGAGUCAUAUCAUGAAAAUCUAUAUUGUGAGAUCGAAGCAUGAGCUGUCACUAAAGAUGCAUUUUAGAAAUACUUCCAAUGCAAGGCUUGAGCUGCAGCCUGCUCCGUAACGCAUAGACACGCUCUGCAAACAUCUGACUACCAGGAGAGGAACUAUCGUCUUUUUGUUGGAAGCUUUGUUUUUUCUUCUCUAAAAAUCUAUUUUGCUGGUUGUUUGGAUGUUGUGCUUGGUGGGUUGAGUAGAAAAAGAAAAAAACUUUGUUGGUCUCCAACACUGAUGAAAACAAAAAUCUGCUGCUCGUUACCUUGAAGACUGGAAGACGUAGAUGUGAUUUGUCUUACACCACCGACUGGCUUAGAACUUUUACAUCUUUCUUCUACCACAGGAGGGAACUUUGCACAGAAAUAUGUUGAAUCUGCAUCUCUGCUUUGUGACCUUUUCAGGCUUUUUCCCCCCCUUGUGUUUUUUUUGUGAGGUCAUACUUGAUGGAGGAUGAACAGCCCACCCUGUCCUCUGUGAGGAAGACUGUCGUCCCACUUUCAGCCACAGUUUGUUCCGUUUAAAUCUCUGCGGUGGUGCUCGGACUGUGUGGCUUUGUGAACUUGAAUUUUUUUUGAUUGCAGUGAAGCCGGGUGAAGUGCAUCUGUGGAUUAUCAGUAUUGGUGUGUCAGUGCCACUGAGCUGCGAUUCAGGGUUUACACUGCAAAGAGGUGAUUUUGCACUACUCACAGGGUUGUCCAAAAUGCAACAUGUUUUUUUUUUUUUUCCCUCAUUUAAAUAUUGUUUUUUAUUCUUUCUGGGGGAUUGUGGGCGAUGACAUUUCACAUCGAUUAGAGAGAACGAUGCCACUGUCUACAUUCCUAGAAUACUACGUUAAGGUUUAAGAUGCUUCAACACACCAGAUUUCCUUGAUAACUUGAGUGUUUUUUUUUUUUUGGUUUGGUUGUGAAGGGACGCUACAAAAACAAAUACAAAUCCUUAUUUCAAAA